AAACCUAGUGAUAUCAGAUUUUUAUCAAGCGAGCACAUUUGAUUUGCGGCAGUGUCGGCAUGGUAGCGACGGUGACUAGAAGUGUACACUCAGUCACUCCACACAUUCUCCCUACACACGCGUGAUUGUUGCGUCAUAUAAUCGAAUCAUGUCAGCGGAUAAAGUAUUCCAUUCACGGUCGCAAGGCAUCCCGUCUGAGGGUGUCAAGGAUCAGUAUGCUGAUGGAAAGGCAGCCAGAGUGUGGAAGAAGUACAUCGGAGAUAGUAACCAAAGAACUAAAAAUUAUAGAGACUUCUUAACUGGACUGCUGAAAAAGCAUGGUUGUGUGCGCGUUUUGGAUGCGGCGUGCGGUACCGGCAUAGACUCGAUGAUGUUAGUCGAUGAAGGUUUUAAGGUGGUCUCAGUGGAUGCAUCCGAUAAAAUGUUGAAACAUGCUUUAAAAGCAAGAUGGGAAAAAAGAAAAGAUUCCAGAUACGACGAAUGGGUAAUUGAAGAAGCGAGCUGGCAAACGCUCCCUCAAGAUGUCGAGGGCUUCCUACCCGGGGCAUCAUUCGAUGCAGUGAUAUGCCUUGGAAAUUCAUUUGCCCAUUUGCUGGACGAAUAUGAGGAUCAAAGAACACAGAAGAUGUGCUUAAAAAACUUUGCUAAAGUGCUGAAACCCGGUGGUCUGCUUUUUAUCGAUCACAGAAAUUAUGACGCGAUGAUCAACAGUGGUGCAACCCCUGGACAUUCUAUUUAUUACAAUUGCAAAUAUCCUGUCGACAUCAAGACGUCUGUAUUAGUGGUACGUGGUAAGCCCGAGCUCGUCGCGCUCGACUAUUGUAUCGACGCUACAGACGAUGGUCUCAUAACGGAAAAGAGUGAAUUCCGCCUGUGCUACUUCCCUCAUCGAUUGCACAGUUUCACUCGGAUGCUGGAUGACGCGUUCGACAACCGCGCGCAGCACAGCAUCUACGCGGACUUCCAGCCGCUGGAGCGCGUCGACAACCCUGCUUACUACAUCCACGUCAUGCAGAAAGCGCUUAACUGACAACUUAUACAUGGCCAAACAUAAUGUAAUUUAUGUAUAGUUCGUAAUGCAUUUUUUAUAAUCUGUGCGAACAGAGUAUAAUUAAUACUUUAAGAGAGGCUCAAAAACAUGGCAAUCAUAAAAAUAAUAAUAUAUGUAAUUAACUAUCGACUUGAUAUAUUAUAUUGUAAAACGAAUUAUAUAUAACAUAAAUUGUAAUAAAUCUGUACAUGGGUAAAUAAACAUCUAUAUAAAAUCAAAUCUGUGAUAACUAGAUUAUUUUACUCUGUACUGAGUGCAAAAAAUAUUUUUUUUAUGGACAAUAAGUGAAUCAUGUAUAAAUGAAUAUAAAACGAAACUGUAAUGCAUGUAGCUAAAAGUCAAUAAAUUGUUAAUUUAUAUUGUUA